CUAAUUCUCACUUAACUCCAUCUUGCUUUUUCGAGAGCCUGAGACUGAGAGGGAUUCGCCGAGAGCCUACGCCAUUCGCAGACUCCCAGCCAUCGCCAAGAUCGGCGUCUCUCCUUCGGCGUCUCGCCUUCUACAUCUCCCCUUCGCCGUCUCGCAGUCCCAACCAUCUCAAUCUGCGGCGUCUCACCUUCGCCGUCUCGCAGAGCCGACUCCCGGACCGAAAGAAAUCAGGUGUGGAGAUACUUUUGUCAUGGGUGAGCGGGAGAGACACAGAAUCUUAAUGGUGUCUGAUUUUUUCUAUCCCAAUUUUGGUGGUGUAGAGAAUCACAUUUAUUAUUUAUCUCAAUGCUUGAUGAAGCGGGGUCAUAAGGUUAGGGUUUAACGUAAUAAUUCACAUUGCUCUCAUUAAGGUUCAAUUCCCUUAGUAAUCUAGUGUUUGUUAGUAUUUGAUACAAAAUUCGUACAUGCUCUAACCAGCAACCCUAAAAGAAAUGAAAAUAGAGUUUUCCCCCAUAUUUGGCAUGAUUGCAUAAGUAGGAAUUUGUGAUAUCCCUUGUGUAUCGGUGUAUGGCUACGGUGAAAAAUGAAGACACUUAGCUAGGUGGAUUUGCAUAGACAGUUUGCAGCAAACUAAUAGUCCCAAAGAAAUCGGCCCUUUUUGGAUUUCCUCCAUUAGAAAAAUGGGUCAAUAUGAGAAACAAAUGGACAUUUUAAGAUUUUAUUGCGGGACAGAAUUCUUUAGAAGAAGGUUUGUAGCCAAUUAAUUAAUCCUGAUGAAUCGUUCUCUUCUAUAGUACUGUUUAUAGGGAGUUAGCCUUCUUAAAAAAUGUAAAAAGGCACCACAACACAUCCAACCUUAUUACUUAAAUUCUUCUAACAGAAAAAAAUCAAUAACAAUGUCUUAUGCACCAUCAACACAGAUGAAACAAUUGGGUGAAACAUUAAAGCAUAGUUUUCCAUAAAGAUGGUUCUUAAUACAGUGCAAUCGUUAUGCUCUUUUCUAUGAAGUUAGGUGGUGAUUAUGACUCACGCUUAUAAAAACCGAUCCGGGGUGAGAUAUAUGACAGGAGGAUUGAAAGUUUACUAUGUACCCUGGAAGCCCUUUCUUAUGCAGAAUACACUACCAACCUUUUAUGGUACACUUCCUAUCGUAAGGACUAUUCUCAUCAGGGAAGAAGUGUCAUUGGUUCAUGGACAUCAAGCCUUCUCUACUCUUUGCCAUGAAGCUCUGAUGCAUGCACGUACCAUGGGAUACAAAGUUGUAUUCACUGAUCAUUCCCUUUAUGGAUUUGCUGAUGUGGGAAGCAUUCACAUGAACAAGGUACUGCAGUUUACUCUAGCUGAUGUAACUCAGGCUAUUUGUGUUUCUCACACAAGCAAAGAGAACACAGUAUUAAGAUCAGGGUUGCCACCGGAAAAAGUUUUCGUCAUUCCUAAUGCUGUGGAUACCGCCAUGUUCAAGCCUGCUCCAGAAAAACUCAGCCAGGAGGAAAUUACUAUAGUUGUGAUAAGUAGAUUAGUUUAUAGGAAGGGGGCAGAUUUGCUUGUUGAGGUUAUCCCUGAAGUAUGCCAUUUACAUCCCAAUGUCCGCUUCAUUAUUGGAGGAGAUGGACCUAAACGAGUGCGCUUGGAAGAGAUGAGGGAAAAGCAUUCUCUCCAAGAUCGAGUUGAGAUGCUGGGAGCCGUGCCACAUGCUAAAGUACAAUCAGUACUGAUAACUGGCCAUAUUUUCUUGAAUAGGUAUAUCAUAUUCGUUUUGGGAUGUGUGCCUCUGUGGCUCAUCAGAGAGCAUUGGGUUAUUAUGUAUGCAGCUUUUAUGGGAGUAUCCUGAUUCCUGAUCUUAUACAUCAACUUUAAAACGGGAUGACUUAUGAGAGAAAAGGAUAAGUAAGCACAAAGACAUCCAUGACAACUCACAGUUUAUGCUCAGAGGAAUAAGUAAUGCCAAAGGCAUUCGCAUUUCAUUGUUUCAUACCAGUAGUAUUUUACAAAGCAUACAAGCUUUUUGACUUCUGAGAGUUCAUACGAUCAUGAUUUACACAGUUUUCUGUAUGUCUUAGUGUCUAUGGUAACAAGUUGCUUUAUUCUUACUCUAUCUUUUCCCCGACAUUUUUCUUUACCUAAUUCUUACAAUUUGUGUACUAGCUCUUUAACAGAAGCAUUUUGUAUAGCUAUACUAGAAGCUGCAAGUUGUGGAUUGUUGACAGUCAGUACACGUGUCGGAGGAGUUCCUGAAGUUCUUCCAGAUGAUAUGAUUGUUCUUGCUGAGCCAGAUCCUAGUGAUAUGGUACGAGCAAUCACAAAGGCAAUCUGCAUGCUUCCCCAAAUUGAUCCAAUUUUUAUGCACAACCGUAUGAAGAAACUGUAUAGCUGGCAUGAUGUUGCCAAGAGGACAGAGAUUGUGUAUGACCGUGCUCUAAAACACUCAAAUCCUCCUCUAUUAGAACGACUGUCUAGAUACCUCACAUGUGGAGCUUGGGCAGGGAAACUGUUUUUCAUAGUCAUGUUAAUUGACUUCUUGUUAUGGUGUCUACUACGACUCUGGCAGCCUGACACUGAGAUUGAAGUGGUGCCAGACAUUCCUUUGCUGAAACCGCAACAUGGAAAGAUGCCACAUGGUUCUAAUGAGGGGUAAAACAUUUCGACGACAUACUCAGCUCAAUCUCGGUAAUGAAAAUUUUGCACUUUUUUUUUUUAUUUAGAAAAUCGUGUAACUUGAGAAGAAUGUGUUGAAAGACUAACCAUCAGGUAAAUGUAGUAUGGGACAAUGUGUGUCUGUAGUAAGGCUAUUCUAUACCAAGUUCUGUAGUAAGAAACACCAAGUUCCCAUUCCCAGGCAUACUGGUGGAUGAACUGGCGAAUUAAUGGCAUCACAAUGUACCUGAGAAGGUUCAAAUAUCAGAAUGACUUUAAUUAGGAUUGAAGGCCUUACACUUCAUCAGUUGCAAUUGGCAGAUUCAAGAGGAACAGGAAAGCCGGUGAGCGAUGAAUGGUGAAUUGGCAGCCGGCGAGACUGUGGUUUAUGCAGAAGAGGAGAAAGACGGAAGCUGCUGGAUUGAAAAAUACUCUGUAUGGUUUCUUUGAGUAAACUACUGGGGGCAAG